CCUCCGUCAGAUCUGGCAACCCGCCGCUCGCAGGUGCUGAAAACAGCGGAAGCGGAAGUCGCUGCUUCGCGUCGUCUCCUCGAAGGCUCCUGAAGAUCCACUCGGCGUGCCAGGAUCUGCUUUCUGACAUCCUGAGACAAGCCAGUGCUACAGGCUGAAGACAGAACAGCAGGAUGAACGCUCACUGAGCCAGCAUCUGCAAGCAAGCAACUCAAGAAUCAGACUUUGACAGCACAUUCAGGCUUUACCUAAAGAUUGUGGUGGUUCCCCCUCAGACACCAUGACGUCCUCUAUGCUUCGGCGUCAGUUAAAGAACCUGGUCCAGAACUACUCUGAGGCUGAGGUCAAGGUGAGAGAGGCUACAUCGAAUGACCCAUGGGGCCCAUCCAGCUCUCAGAUGGCCGACCUCUCUGACCUGACCUACAAUGUGGUGGCCUGCAACGAAAUCAUGACGAUGCUCUGGAAACGGCUGAAAGACGACAGGAACUGGAGACACAUUCAAAAGUCCCUGACGCUGCUGGAGUACCUAUUGAAGACUGGUGACGACCGUGUGCUUCUGAAAAUGAAAGACAACAUCUACAUUGUCAAAGCCCUCACAGAAUACCGCUUUGUGGAAAAAGAUGGCAAAGAUCAGGGUGUGAACGUAAGAGAUAAGGCCAAGGUUGUCCUUGUUCUAAUGGAGGAUGAAGAUAAACUAAAGGAGGAAAGAGACUUUGCUGUGAAGACCAGAGAGAAGACAUCAAAAAGUUCUGGAGCCUCGUCCUCGGAUGCCGUCAAGGAUCCUAACUACAAGCCAUGCUAUGUCGCCGGGGCCUCAGGUCUUCCAUCCUUAGACAACAUUCCCUCAGUGGCUGACUUAACUGCUUCCUUCACCGCCCGCAAAGAGGAACGGCUGCGUCAGGAAGCUGAGAAGAAAGAAACAGAGAGAAGAGCCAAGCUGAGUGAAGAUGAGCUGAAAUGGGAGGAUGCAGGCAAAGACACAAAUGUUAAAGUUGUUGCUUGGGAAGGAGAAAAGGAAGAGGAGGAGGUGAAACCAGACGCGUGGGGAGCGUCCAAAGAACCUAAAGAGGCCACAGAUCCAUGGGGCAAACCCACGACACCUGACACCACUGAAAAAGCAACCAGCAGUGAUCCUUGGGGGGGUUCAACUAAAGCUGCUGAAGAUGAAUUUACUGCACCAAAAACAGAUGAAGAUCCAUUUGCUGCACCAAAGAAUGGAGAAGAUUCUUUUGCAGCACCAAAAGAUGAACCAGAUCCGUUCAGUGCAUCAAAAGAUGAUCCGUUCAACGCCCCAAAAGACCGUUCAGAUCCCUUCAAUGCACCCAAAGACAAGGAGGAUCCAUUUGCUGCUCCAAAAGAUAAAGCAGAUCCCUUUAGUUCAUCCAACAAUGAUCCGUUCAACGCCCCAAAAGACGAUCCGUUCAACGCCCCAAAAGACGAUCCCUUCAGCGCACCAAAAGACGAUCCCUUCAACGCCCCAAAAGACGAUCCCUUCAACGCCCCAAAAGACGAUCCCUUCAACGCCCUGAAAGACGAUCCUUUUAAUACUCCAAAAGACGAUCCCUUUACUGCACCAGCAUCAACACCGCCUAAAGAUGACCCAUUUACAGCACCAACAUCUAAAGACGACACUUUCACUGCUCCCACGUCACCGCCUAAAGAAGAUCCUUUCUCUGCACCGACCAAACCUGCUCAAGACGACCCUUUUACUGCACCGACAGCUCCGUCCAAAGAGGAUCCUUUCUCUGCACCAUCAAAGUCUCCGGAAGAGGAUCCCUUUGGUAUUAUAACAACACCCCCUAAUGAUAACACCUUCUCUGCACCAACUACACCGCCCAAAGAGGAUCCCUUCUCUGCACCAUCCAAACCUGCACAGGAUGAUGCCUUCAAUGCGCCAACUACACCCCCCAAAGAGGACCCAUUCGCAUUUCCAUCUCCUGCACCAAAGAAUGAUGCCUCAGAUCCCUUCAGUGCUCCUUCUGCAACAUCGCCCCAGGGGAGUUCAGAUACGUGGGGAGCCCCUGCCAGCUCUCCACCUGGGACUGUGUCAGAUCCUUGGGAGACACCAUCGACUCCGAAGGAAGCAAACAGUGGAGAUCCUUGGGGGGAUGUGACCUCACCCACUGCUAAUUCUGAUCCAUUCGGGGACUCAUCCAAACCAGACAAUGACCCAUGGGGAGCCCCAGCUUCAGCUCCAGCCAGUACAGACGAUGCGUGGGGGUCACCUGCUCCACCCUCAGCCUCCUCAACAUCCAAUGACCCCUUUGGAGACGGAGCAUCUAAAGCCAAUGACCCCUGGGGUAAAUCAAGCAAUGCAACUAGCAAUGCCACAGGAAAGCUAACAAUGCACAAAGAAGAGAUGUACAGAAAGACUGCUCUGUUCUUGGGCUCGGCGGGGGCGUCGCUGAUUGACUUGGACGAUCUAUGUUCUUCAAACGCCACACAAGAGCCCGUCACUAACACGCCCGCCGCCCAGACACAAGCUUUUGCCGUUACUUUUCCUAAUUUCCCAGGCGCUUUCAAAGCCAGGGCCGUGUCAUGUGGCCCUGUGCUCAGAUCAGGGGCUGUUGCAGGGGUGUCCCUUCCUGAAACAUCACCCUUACCUGGGAGUCAUUUCGGUGCCACCCUUACGCCCGCCCGUGGUGCAUCUUCUGCUAAUCCGUCCAGUGAAACUCCACAUUUUCAGCUACCGUUCUACACUAUGGGAGCGUCCCAUUCGGGCUUUGGUACGCUUCAGGCGGCUCCAACAACUAGAACAACAGCACCUGUUAGUGGAGGACCUCACAUGAAGCACCCCUGUGGAGGACUGGUGCAGACUGGAUGUCCUGCGGGGAAUCCUUGGCCAGGCCCCGCUUUGUUGGCAACAGGAAUGGCUCAGUCCAGUUUCUUUGGAGGGAAUCUUCAAACUGGAUCCAGUCCACAGGCCGCAGGUGGAGUCACAAUCCAGCCGCAGCUGCUGCUCUCGGGCAGCGGGUUGAUUGAGACUGUGAGGGAAAACAAGAAUCCAUUCCUGUUCUGACAAUGUGUUGGAUUUGGAAAUGUGUUAAAGCACCACACGGUGCAGUUUCACAUGUUUGAGCCCUUUGACCAAGAAAGAACUAAUUACAUUUUGGGCAAUCCAGGAAUCUUUUUCUUUCUGUAAGAUUUUGAUGUUUUCCCCAGAUUCCUGGGCAAUAAUUUAACUUGAUGGGGAAACAAUCUGCCAUGUUUAUCAGCCUGAUAUGUAUAAAAAUCCAGAUCUAGCGGAUUUAAAAGUGGUUUCAUGGGAGGAGUUGACGGAGCUCCACUGAGUCUCACUCUCGUCUUCAUCAUUCUAUGAAAAGCAACUUGAUAGAAUAGUGAAUUUGAUCUUGUACAGAAAUCUGUGGCUUUCUGGAAAGUGCAAAACAAUUAAUGGCAAAUAGAUUUAUUCCUAACGGGCAGUGGUAUGUACCUGCAACUUAAAGGGCCCAAACACGCAGCAACCACACGUUGAUGCUUUCAUUGAACCCACCAGCUCCCCAGCUUUCACCUGCUUCCCCUCCAGCUCCGAUUAAUGUAACAGCCAUGGAGUUGAUGUAAACAGAGUAAUAUUUAAACUAUGUGUGUAAAGCGGUGUACUUCCUAUUUGAAAAACAAAUCUAUUGCAUCAGCAAAUUGAUUUUUUUUUUUUCCAUGCUCAAGUCUUGGAAACAGUGUGUGAGUGUCCGUGGGAACAGUGAAGAGUUUGUGUGUGUGCUGUAUAUUGUGCUGAUGUAAAUAGUGAAAGAAAUCACAGAUAAACCUUGAAAUAUACUUUAUAUGAGAGUGUUACAAUCACGAGUAACUAUUUAUUGAUCUAUUUAUUGAUUGAUUCAUUGCUUGAUUAUUUAAUUAUGCAGCCAUGGCCUCAAACAACGGGUUAAAUCUGAUUCCAGUGAUCACAUGAUCAGAAGGGUGAAGGGGACGGUAUCUGAUCACAUCGCAUCACCAAUCAAUUCAGUAACCAAUGGUGGCUUUAUCUUCCCAGUUUAGGUUCAUAGUUGAUCAUUGUGUAGUUGAACGUGUUCUCUCUGUAUCUCCUGCCGUUAGAGCAGAAGCAGAAAUGUGUUGUGUGAUUAAAAACUAAAUUUGAACGAUUCGACCUGCAUGCUGUCUGAGCAGAUCCUUCUCUGUAACCUUCUCUGUAACGUGUGUUCUCUUAUUUGCUGUGAGAGUGAUAAAUGAAAUAUUCCAUCACACAUCUGUACCUGAAGGUUCAAAGACUCCAGUGGAAGUAGCUCUGCAGACAGCUGCUUCUCUGCGGCCGAAGAUCCAAACUGUUGAUUCUUUGUGUUUCGUGGGCCUGUUCAUGUCCGUCAUGUAUAUUUGACUGUUAAUAUGAACUCUGGUGGGAAAAUGGACUUUAAAAACAUUUAAAAAAAACUUAAACAAUUAGAUGGUUCCGGUAGAAAAUAAGAAGGCUGAAAAAAAAACUAGACACUAUUAUAAUUUCUCAAAUUUAAUUUAGAAUCAAAUAAAUUUAUUUUGCUCUGUA